AUGGGAAAGGACUAUGAUUCCUCCGACAUUCUUGGAAGUUCUGUCCCUCUGGGCCCCGGGAGAGCAGCCACAGCCACAAUUUUUUCGUCUUCCUUUAACCUGAGUGUUCUGGGAGCGAUCGGUCUGGUUGUCUUUCUCGCGCUUCGCAAUAGUCGUGUCUUUCUUUUGCGUUGGAAGGAACGACACUACAGACUCUCGAUGCGUAGACGGUAUGGUAUACCCGACCACGAUCAGCGUCCUUUUAACAUCGCGUAUGCUGCUGCUCGGUUAGCUCAGGAAGGCGCCAGCACGUCAAGGAGCGGGACAGCACCAUUAGCUUCUCCACCUAUGCCAGAAAUCUCAACAUCCGAAGUUCGACACAUCCGGCAUCGGGCAAAUGGAUUGAGUGAAACAGCAGAAUCGUUUCAACUCCCACCGAAUUUCUCUACGCACUCGACUACUGCGCAUAAUCUUAAGUCUGGGUUCCUGGACUCAUUGGACUUGAAACUUGAUCCUUCGGUUUCUCACAUACUCAGCAAAGGACAAGUGGAAUCGACCGAGAGCAGACAAUCUAUACGGCAGAGUACGAGCGGCGCUGUUGCACCCAAAGAUCAUCAUUUGCUCGGGGAAACCCUCAUUGAUUUCCCCAAAGCUGCAGAGCAAUCUUCCCGCAGGCCAAAGCGCGGUGCUGAUUACGGAGAGGGUGACUCCGUGCUGCUCGACAAUUCGCGCGGAGAGAAACGUCAGCGGAAAGUCUCUGCACAACAUCAAGUGAAAGUUGUCGAACAGGUCGAAGUCGUUGAUAUGGAUGUUGAUGACAUCUCAGAUGCCAGACCGAUCCGUGGAGGGAGGAAACGCGGUCGGGCGGAGGCAGGCUCUACGUUCGGCGGUGAUGAGUCGGUGUCUGAUGAUGAAAAUGAGGAGCGGUUACAACGUCAUAGGAAGCGGCGGCAAAGAAAGUCGGGCGUCUCACAUCGUGGUCAGAAACGUGGUCGCGAUUUUGAUCAAUCUGAUGGUGAAAGUGAGGAUCAUCAUCGCACUGCUGGGAAGGCCGCUCGUCGACGGCAGAAUGAGUCCACGGCAUCCGACGGUGAUGUUUCUAUGAAUGGCUCUCUAUUUUCGAAGGAUCCUCUUUGCAGAGGCCGGCGCAUUGGCGAAGAAUGGGAGGCUCACGGAGCGCAUUUCAAGGUUGGCCCUUCUGGUCAGAGGUUGAGAAAGGUAUUGGUCAAGACCGGUCGUCCAAAGUUCCCUAUGCCUGUAGAUUCUCAACAUCCUGAUCGCGCCGUGAACAUCUUGGCUAUUGUUGAGAAAUGGUAUACAGAAGAUGAAUACAAAGCUGCCAAGGAACGUCGCGAGCUAGCAUGGCAGGAUUCAUCCAACUACUCAACAGAGCCCGGAACUCCACUAGACGCUUCCCAAUCCAAAGACGGGAAGGAAAUCUUAUGGUCAGCUACAGGGGCAAGUUCCGCACGGAAGAGCUUCGUGCGCAACACGUCGUCCUUAAAUGUGCCUGCUCUGCAGCCGCCUUCGCCACUCAAGGUCGUCCGGCGUAUAACUCCGGCAUAUACCGCCACCGCUGCAAAGCCAUUAGAGGGAGGUCCUAAGUCACGCACGUCAAAGCCUUUGUCAAGAUGGGAGAGGCAGGACAUGGAGGCCGAGGCCAUGUCUCGCCUCAGACGGCGUAUGGAAGAGGAGGAAGCGAAGAAAAGCCCUGUUUCAACGCCGCCUAUCAUCUCAGACCAGACGACCAAGCCUUCUGUCUCGAUAAGAUUGCAAUUUGAUCUUGGAAAGCCCAGCGAUAAUCCAUCAGCCCCAGCAUCUAAAGUUUCGCCGACAUCGACAUCUCAGCAGACCGGAGACAAGGCAGAUGCAUCAACUGUUAUCAAGCCAGCAGUCCCAGCGGCGUCGACUUCGUUCGCCGGAAAUGCAUUCAAAGCUCCUGCACCUGUUGCCAGUGCCUUCUCGAUACCUACUCCUGUACAGCCGACCUCUACCCCUGCGCCCUCCACGAGUGCACCAGCACCAACAACUUCCAGUUCUAGUGCGCCCAAUCUCUUCGGCAACAAAAGUGCCACAUUCCCCACGAAUACAUCUCCACCCACCGCACCGCCUAGUGCGACGAAUCCUGCGCCUAUCACACAAAACAAAACUUCAUUUACAUUUGCUCCCCCUUCCGGUUCCUCCGCUAAUCCUUUCCUUUUCGGAACUACGCCAAAUCCACAAUCACAGCCUUCGCAACCGCAGCCUACAGCCGUUCAGCAGACGUCCGAGCCACCCAAGCCUAUACCUAAUACAUUUCAUGGCACCAAGCCGGGAGGGUUUGGGAUUUUCACCUCACAGCCAUCGUCUGCCAUGCCCCCUCCAGCCACGAAGCCCUUCGAGUCUGUUCAACCUGCGUCAGCCUACCCUCCGCCAAUUAUCGCAUCUUCAUCAUUCUCUGCAAUACCUGCAGUGACUCUUGCGAACAGUGAAGGAUCAGCACCAAAGCCGAAAUUUAAAUUCGGGUACAUACCCCCGAACCAGUCGUCCUCGCUAGCGGGUGCCCUCGCACCGGAGCCGAAGAACAAUGUGCAGUCUGCGUUCGGCAGUACCGCAGGCUCAUCCAAUCUAUUUUCGACGUCAUCAUCUAGCUCUACUAACGCUGCCACUCCGGUGUCGGCGUUCGGCAACACCGCAGUACCAAAGCCUUCUGAACCACCACAAUCCCACAACCUGUUUGGCAACCAGAACUCGUCGACGCGUGCUGAGAAGCAGCCGGAACCUCCCAAACCCCCUUUCCCACUCCCGACUCCGGUAGCAAAGAGCUCACAGUCCCCUUCAGAGGCCCCCAAACCUGUCCCCAUCUUUCACUUUGCGCCGCCCGCUAGCGCAUCCCAGCCUUCAAACCCAUUCGCCCCGAAAUCGAGUGCCUCGGCGUCAGGAUCAACGGAGACUCCUCCGUUUGGCGCACCAAACGCAUUUCAGCCUUCAAACCCAUUCGCUCCGAAAUCGGGUGCCUCGGCGUCAGGAUCGAACCCUUCUCCGUUCGGCGCACCGAAUGGUGGCUUGACGUUUGCUACAGCAAACCCCACAGCUGGGAAUUCCCCACAGGCCCAAAAGAAUACGUUCAAUUUCGGAAACCUGGGCUCCGCGCCCGUGCAGUCCAAUGUCGCAGGCCAAGCCCCUUCCUCGUCACCAUUCGGCGCCCCCAAUGCACAGCCGAGUGCUUUCGGGUUCAAUGGUUCGACGCCAAAUACGGGUUCGUUCACGUUCGGAUCAUCUAGUGACAAGACCGGUCCCAAGGCUUCAUAAGCGGUAGAUUUCCGUAGAUGGAAAGUACAUAUGAAUGAUGUAUGCUUAGUGCCAGUGGUGGACUGUCUCAGGUUGUAUUAUGACGCUAUGUAUCUCGGUGGUCUGCUUUCCGUGCAUUGUUGAUCUUCC